AUGCCGGCACAGGAGAUCAUCGCCGUGACCGGCGGCCCGACCCCGAAUGCUCAGGCAAACACCAACUUCCGGGAUCCGGCAGGCAUGAGAAGGAGAUCGCGUGGCGAUAUUCGCAGUGCUCCACUGGUUCCACGCAUGAGGGAGGUGAUCCUCACGAUCAUGCGCCUGGAGUGGCUCACCACCUACAUCUGCAAGCCGCCUGAGGUCUGGAACGGAUGGAAGCGGGUCCAGUGCCAAGAGCUGAACCACAGCCGCCUUGCCAUGGUGGUAGUCACCGGCCUCGUCGCACAGAGGCUCGGUGUUUUGGCAAGAGCUUUGAACUUUGAAAAAGGGAAACUUGUGGACAUCAUGAUGAAGCCAGAGCCUCCAUCACCUCCGGCUGAGCCUGCAGCAGAGCCGGAGCUCACCGACAAAGCAGUGGUGGCAGUGGUGGCAACGCCGCAAGCAGCGACCCCGCCACCUUCGCCAGACGGCUUCAGAGGCGUUUGCAAAGCUGGAAGCAAAGGCGCAUCGCCGGCCAAGGGCCCCGUGCCAUCUGCACCGUCUGCACGCUUCGGUGGCGUCUUCAAGUCAGGCCCUCUUGAGUCAAGACCUGCUGCAACACCGAAGGCAACGGCAUCAGCACAGCGCGCGCACAGAGCACAGGGCAGGUUGAAGCAUGUCAUCUCCAAGAUCCACGUCUUUAAGCAGCUGGAGCUGGGUGUGGAUGCGCCUCAGGCGCUGUCGGAGCACGGGCAGAUGCACCGGCUGUUCUUUUCGAGCUUAAAGGUGUCAGCCGCACAGCUGACCAUCAUCGCGAAGGGCAAUGUGGGGGCCUGCCGAUACCUCCUGGAGCACGAAGGCCUGCUGCAGUAUUUCGAGAAGGUCUUUUGGAUGUUAGGGCAGUUCUACGGCGAGUCCGACUUCGAUCUUGCCAACCCGGAGCCCUCGUCGCUGGAGGGCAGCUCUGACUACGAGCUGCAUGGGUCCAAGGUGGAUUUCAUUGGCAGCUUGAUGUCUCGGCAGUCCGUGGCUGUGGACUUAGCGGGCUGUGUCGAGGACGCCCGCCACCUUCGCCAGACGGCUUCAGCGGCGUUUGCAAAGCUGGAAGCAAAGGCGCAUCGCCGGCCCUUAAGGGCCCUGUGCCAUCUGCACCGUCUGCACGCUUCGGUGGCGUGCUCAAGUCAGGCCCGCUUGAGCCAGCUGCAAGACCUGCAGCAACACCGAAGGCAACGGCAUCAGCACCAGCGCGCGCAGAGAGCACAGGGCAGGUUGAAGCAUGUCAUCUCCAAGAUCCACGUCUUCACACAGCUGGAGCUGGGUGUGGAUGCGCCUCAGGCGCUGUCGGAGCACGGGCAGAUGCACCGGCUGAAGAUGUUGAACGCAGAGAGCAAUGGCACAGAAGCUCCGUUUGCUACAAGAACACAGGGCUCGUUUUGGACGUCGUGUGCUCUGGGAGGACUGAUGUUGUGUUAG